GCGAUGUGUGUCUAUAAUCUAGUGGACGGUUCUUCAGAAACCUCCGUAGCUUGCUAGCCAACAUAGCCGAAAGAUUCAAGCUAUUUAUACGCUUUCGAUGUAUAUUAGCUACUGUGUUUUAGACACACUUCUGUCGUAUCUACUUGUUAACCUAUUUCAUUUAAUAUUACGUUAUUUUGUAUUAGUCAGCUAUAGUAGCUGGUUGGUUAAGUUAGCACUAGUCUAGUCGCUAAUGAUAGCUAGCUACCUAACAUCCCCGACCAUGAGCUCCCUAAACUACUCCCCUCCUGUUAAAGAAGAGGGGAAAUGCUGGACGGAGAAAGAAGCUCAGGGGCUGAACAUUGUUGUGAAAGAGGAGGAGGAAGAGGAUGUCACAGUAAAACAAGUGGAGGGUGAGGCUGUUACAGUGGAAGAAGAAGAGAAAGAUGUUUCAGUGAAAGAAGAGGAAGAUGCUGUUUUUGGAGUGAAGAAGGACGGGGAGAUUACUGUCACAUUGAAAGAUGAAGAGGUGGAGAUAGGAGAUCUGAUUCAAACCAGAGAGAGACGUGGAUUCUCUGGGGAGCCUCAGCAACCUCAUGAUGCUGACAAGGCAGAGAAGAGACUCUCCACAUUUGAACACAAGAAACACCAGCAGAAACCCACAGGGAAGAGAAGUCACCGCUGCUCUGACUGUGGGAAGAGAUUCACCUCAUCAGCGGGCAUUAAAAUUCAUCAGAGAAUACACACAGGAGAGAAACCUUUUAGCUGUACUCAAUGUGGGAAGAGUUUUACUCAAUCAGCCAGCCUAAUAUCACACCAGAGAACACACACAGGAGAUAAAUCUUAUAACUGUGCUCAAUGUGGGAAGAGUUUUACUCGGUCAACCGGCCUGAAAUCACACGAGAACACACAGGAGAGAAAUCUUAUAGCUGUUUUGAAUGUGGCAAGAGUUAUGUUACAUCUAGCUGUCUGACUAAACACCAGAGAACACACCCAGGAGAGAAACCUUUUAGCUGUGCUCAAUGUGGGAAGUGUUUUACUCAGUCAAACAGCCUGAUAUCACACCAGAGAAAACACACAGGAGAGAAGUCUUAUAGCUGUGCUCAAUGUGGGAAGAGUUUUACUAUGUCUAGCAAGCGGACUACAAACCAUAUAACACAUACAGGAGAGAAACCUCAGCUGUGAUCAGUGUGACCAGAGAUAAUCUGAUAAAAUACCUCUGAUCAAACAUCAGAAAAUACAUACAUGAAGGAGUUGUUUCAUGAUAUCAAUGAAUUAAUGUCACAAUGUAGAAUGUUUUAACAAUGUAGGAAGAGUAUUUUAACGAUGUCACAAUGUAGAAUGUUUAAACAUUGUAGUAGGACUAUUUGAAUAAUGUCACAAUGUAGAACUCUAAACGUUUGCCCCCUGUUCUAUUGAUUUCAAUUUGAUAGGUAUAUUAGCCUCAAGGAAAAAUACAGGCCUUGAAUUGAAAGAGUUACUAUUUGUGAUUUAACAAAAAGUGACUAACAAAAAAAGACUUGUGUUACACUUACCAUGUUGGUGACCCACUUGAAUCAAUAUGCAACACUUCAAAAUGUA